ACCCCAACCGGCAUUUGACGCAUGUGCCUACCUGUUGAGCCGCUUAUAACAGCAUUGCCGGUAACUUCCUGUGCUAUUAUAAUUCAGUCGCUCUCUUAUUUCUACAGCUGAUCGCUGCACGCCAGCCCAGCAUAAUCAUUUUAAUUUCUAUUAGAAAUUUAUUUACCCGCUCUAUAAAUGUAUUUACCGUACAUUCCUGUUUUGAUCCUCGGGACGUUCCUUUCCCUUACUUCCGGUCAGGAGGGCCACGUGACACUCCCGUCCGGCGUCACGUUUUACGGCGACGCUGUUCCGUCGCAGUCGCAACCCGGCCGGUAUGGCUACGCCUAUCUGGGCAUCCGUUACGGCGUGGCCCGCCGCUUUGAGCCACCCAUGGAGAACUUUGACUUCACAUAUUUAUCCAACCAAUCCCGGCCGCGGCAGGGUCCGGUGUGUCCCCAGGCGAGCAUGGGACCGCCGGGACUGUCCCCGUCGGGAUCCGGGUCGUCGGGAAUGCCCUCCUCUGGAAUGGUCCCCCCGGGAAUGUCCUCAUCAGGCAACUUCUCGGGAAUGCCUUCGUCGGGAAUGUUCCCGCCCGGAAUGUCCUCAUCGGGAAUGUUCCAACCGGGAAUGACCACACCGGGAACGUCCUCUGGAAUGCCCUCGUCUGGGAUGUUCCCACAAGGAAUGUCCUCAUCGGGGAUGUCCUCAGGAAUGCUUCCGUCUGGGAUGUUCCCACCGGGAAUGACCACGCCAGGAAUGACCUUCCCCGGAAUGCCCUCUUCGGGAACGACCCCGUCGGGAAUGGUCCCCCCGAUGAUGGCCCCGAAGGUCAUGAACGAGGACUGCUUGUAUCUGGACGUGUACGUCCCGCCCACGGGGCACGGUCCCCGGGGUGAACGCCUGCCGCCGCUGCCGGUGAUGGUGUACAUUUACGGCGGCGCAUUGCAAUCCGGUGACAAGGACUCGUUUAAUAGUUCCGCGUUGGCCGACAGUAUCAACGCGGUGAUCGUCACCAUCAAUUAUCGCGUCAACGUUUUCGGAUUUCUGAGCACCGCCGACGGGGUGGCCAGCGGCAACUACGGCGUGGCCGACUGCAAGCUGGCGCUGCGCUGGAUCCGCGCCAACAUCUUGCGCUUUGGCGGUGACCCGAACGCAAUCACCAUCUUCGGCGAGAGCGCCGGCGCCACCAUGGUCUCGGCGCUUCUCCUUGAUCCCAAUGUCCGACGAGAGGUCCGCGGGGCGGUGAUGAUGAGCGGAAGCGUCAUGGUGGACACCCUGUACAUCCGGGAUCCGCGCUCUGAGGCCUUCGCCUUCGGGAACGCGGUGGGCUGCUCCAGCAGCACCACGGCGCAACUGGUGGCCUGCUUGAAGCAGUUGCCGGCGGAGCAAAUCACGCAGGCGGCAUCCGUCGCCUCCCAAGGCAGGAUUACGCAAAAGUACGGCUUGGUGGUGGAUCACGAUCACAUCCGGGAUCUGCCGGUCCGCGCACUGCAACGAGAAACCCGAGACCCCUCCAACGCCGUCAGCAUCCUAACAGGAUAUCUCCGGGAAGACGUCUCCUUCCUGUUGCAGUUGACCUUUCCGAAUCUCUUCGACCAAAACCAGCCGCUGACACUAGAAACGGUGUGUGAUUUGAUCGCCCGGCAAUUCCUGCUGACCAGCACCGGUUCCGGCCAGGUGUGUAGCCAACCCAAUUACGCGCUGGCGCAGCGUGUUAUGCAGCGCUUCAACAUGACCAUUAGCGAUACGCGCCAACAGCUGCUAUGGAAGCUCUUCCAGUUGGGCAGUGAAUCACAGUUCGGGUAUCCCGCCGCCAAGGAAGCAGCUUUCUACACCCAGCGCGGCCACCCGCCGGGCGGUUGGCAGCCGUCCAGCCAGGUUUUCCGGAUCACAUACGACGCCGGCACCGGUCUAGGGGCCUUCCAUACGUUGGACAUCCAGCAUAUCUUCGGCAAUCCGUCGCCCUUUGGCGUACAACUCAACCCGGCGAUGACCAACAGUAUGCGGCAGAUGCUGCGGCAAAUAGCUUACAACGGACGAAUGGAGGGCGCGGAUUUCAGCCAGGGCGGCCGCUACAUGGAGUUGAACCAGGCGGCGCAGUGGCAGCUCGGGACACACAACAUGGUAGAGAUGAUCCGCUUCUGGGAUGAGGUGGCCAAUACGCCCUGCCUCGCCACCAACACCAGCCAGCUCACGCGGUCGUCUGCAGCGUAGUGAAACAUCUUAACGCGAUAAGCGAAGUGUAUACUAAAUCGUUCUGAACUUCUAAGAAGUUUUAAUUUAUGCAAGUUGCCCUGUUUGAUUUUAGAGGGGGGAGGGUGGGGGUGCAAUAUAUAAAUUGACCUUGCCAAGCGUUACGUUACAGCUCUGACCUGGGUCAA